AUGGAUGCGAGUCACUUAAAAUGGCUACAGGGCAUGGCACUGGUGGUGGCCGUGGCUUUAAUCUGGAUAUCCGCGAGCUACAUAGUGCAGGCUGUGGUGGAAGAUGGCCUGGCGCCCUUUAUACUCACAUACAUCUGCAACUCGUUAUUCGUGCUCUACAUCCCCGUUGUAGAGCUCUGGUGGUACCUCUUCGGAAAGGACGAGCCUGGAAGUGGUUCGUCCAAAAGCAAAACGGGCAGCAGAAAGUGCGAUCCAGAAGGCCGUUUUGGCGGGAAAAGCAGUAGCAAGAACAAUGAGGGUGGUGGUAACUUUGUAACUGGUAACAGUACGAGGAAGAAGAAGAAGAAAAGGGAGGACGGGGUGGGAGAUGAGGAAGAAAGAGGGUUGUUGGUCGAAGGGGAGAAGGCGAGGGGAUCUGGGGAUACUGAAGAGGAGGGGAACGUUGGGGGGGUGAUGGGGGAAGAAAGGAGAGGGGAGAAGGGAAAAGGCGCUCAGGGAGGGAUGCUGGGGGUAGUGCACGGGCGAGUAGAGGGGGGUGGGUUGGAGGAGCAGAGCGAGGAGGGUGAGAAGGGGAAGCAUGGGGAGCAGAGGGAGCAGGGGGAGCAGGGGGAGCAGGAGAAACAGGAGAAGGAGGUGCGGGGGGAGCGGGAGGAGCAGGGGCAGCAGGGGCAGGGGGGGCAGCAGGGAGCGCAGGGACAAGGGGAAUUAGUGGAGGCAGUCGAAUGGCGAGGUAGAGAAACACGGGAGGCAGCAGCGGAGCUGAUUAUAGAGGGGAUAGAGCCAGGGCAAGGGGGGUUAGAGGCAGCACAAGAGGUGAAGGGCUUAGGGGAGAUGGGAGAAGGAGUGGAGAGAAGAGGGUUCACCUUCAACCUCUCGCUGGCUUACACCAGCGUCACGGUGAGUCGCCUGGGGCUCUUACAGGGCGUCUUUUCCCCUCUCUUAGUCUCCUGGGGCGACUUCUCCUUUCUUGAGUCGGCAGUAAAGUCACCUCGUGUGGUUCCUCGCCCAGUUCACCUUCAACCUCUCGCUGGCUUACACCAGUGUCACGGCGCCUCAAAAGUGAGUCCCGUGGGGUAUCUUCACUUCCCCCCUCUUGCUGAGACCUCUUUUGAGGCGCCUCAAAACUACACGUCAAGCCUCUUCACCUUUGCUCUCUCCGUCCCUCCUUCACGAGCGCUUCUUUCUCCUCUCAGCUGUAUCCUUCCCUCCUUUCCCCUCCCCUCCCCUCCUCCCCGCUCCCUCCACCCCCACUCCCCUCUCUCUCCCCCGCUUCCCCUCCAGUCCAACACCAUUCUCAGCUGCACGUCAAGCCUCUUCACCUUUGCCCUCUCCGUCCCUCCUGCACGAGCGCUUCUGCCUGCGCAAGCUGCUCUCCGUGCUGCUCUGUGUGGCUCUCUGCUGUGCUUCUCGUCCAACACCAUUCUCAGCUGCACGUCAAGCCUCUUCACCUUUGCUCUCUCCGUCCCUCCUUCACGAGCGCUUCUGCCUGCGCAAGCUGCUCUCCGUGCUGCUCUCUGCACGUCAAGCCUCUUCACCUUUGCUCUCUCCGUCUACCUCCUUCACGAGCGCUUCUGCCUGCGCAAGCUGCUCUCCGUGCUGCUCUGUGUGGCCGGCACCGUUGUUGUCGCCCUGGCAGACCAAGCCCAGGCCAGCAACACUCUAAACGCCGCACUUAGCAACCUAAGUGCCAGCGGCGGUUUUAACAACAGCAAUUUCAACAGCAGCCACAGCAGCAGUAGCAGUGGCGCAGGGCUAAGUGGCAGUGGGAAUAGCACAGGUUUUGGCGCCGGUGGUGGCGGUGGUGGGAAUGCGUUUGAUGCUGCUGCGGUGGCAGAGGCGAGUGCAGCAGUUGCGAGUAACGCAAGGGAGAGUCUGUUUGGCGAUGUGCUGGUUCUCAUGUCAGCUGGUUUCUACGCUCUCUAUACCACCAUGCUUCGGUCUUUCACCCCUGCUGAAGGCGGGUUUGAGGAGAUGGGCGAGGAGGAGGGGAUGGAGGGAGGGGAGAAGGAGGGAUGGGUGCGAGGGGAGUGGUUUGCCUGGCCCGACGCCUCCCAGUGGACGCUGGUCAUUGCCAAAGUGGGCUCUAGUCAUUGCCAAAGGUACGCCUCUCCCUAUCCUACCAGCAGAAGCAAGGGUGAGUCUCUGGGCCUCUUCAACCUCUUCUUUUUGGCGCCUGUGGGGCUGCUGGUGCAGUGGGUGCGAGGGGAGUGGUUUGCCUGGCCCGACGCCUCCCAGUGGGCUCUAGUCAUUGCCAAAGGUCUGCUAGACAAUGUAUUGAGUGACUAUCCCUAUCGCCCCCUCAUGUUCCCCUCUCCAUUGUCCGCUCACCGAUCUCCCACUCUCCUCUACCCCAGCUGUCCUCCUCACCACCCCCACCGCCGCUACAGCCGGGCUGCAGAUCCAGAUCCCCAUCGCCCCCUCAUGUUCCCCUCCCCAUGUUCCCCUUCAGGCCUGCUAGACAACGUUCUGAGUGACUACCUGUGGGCUCGGGCCGUCCUGCUCACCACCCCCACCGCCGCUACAGCCGGGCUGCAGAUCCAGAUCCCCAUCGCGCUCACUGUAGACAGCUGGAAGGCCAACAGCCUGCCAGACACUGUUCACAUGGUCGGGGCGGCGUUGGUUGUCCUGGGGUUCCUGGGGAUUAAUUCGUUCGUGACGUUUGAUUGGCUGGGGGAUGUGGGUGCGGCUGAGAGGUGGCUUUUGGACCGGUGUAAAGCGGUGGGGGUGGUUGUUAGGGGGUUGGUGGCGGCAGUGGGUGAAAUUCUACAAGGGAUGGUUCAUAGGGUGGUUGGGAGGCGGAGGGGUGGGGAAUUGGAGGGGCUUUUAGAGAGUGAGGAUGGGGGGGCAGCUAGAGCAGAAUCAACUCUGGUAGGAAAUCAAGUGGUACUUGCAAAAGCUUCGGAUAUUGUAGGGGUGAAAGUACCGGUGUAG